AUGCCGUCAGCGAACCCACUCCGAGAUGAUGCUUUUGGAGCGUCAAGCACUGAUUUGGAUUAUGAUGUUCUCAUAAUUGGCGCUGGGCUCAGUGGAAUCCUCAGCCUUUACCGUAUGCGAGAGCUUGGAUUGAAAGCCCUCGUACUCGAGGCUGGGUCUGCCGAAGGAGGAACUUGGUUCUGGAAUAGAUAUCCCGGUGCACGAUUUGACUCUGAAAGUUACUCGUACAUCUUCUCAUUUUCACAAGAGGUUCUCGAUGAAUGGAAUUGGACAGAACAUUUCGCUCCUCAACCAGAAACACUUCGGUACAUCCAGUAUCUCACAUCCAAGUUCGACCUCAAGCGUGAUAUGCAAUUCGACACGCGUAUCAAGUCAGCAAAAUUUCAAGAGGAUACUUCUUCAUGGUUGCUGGAAGAUGAGGCUGGAUCCCAUUACAAAUGCCGGUACCUCAUCACAGCGAUGGGUAUCUUGAACAAGCCGACACUACCUAACAUUCCUGGUGUUAGAGACUUCCAAGGCGAGUCCUGGCAUACGGCAAGAUGGCCCAGUGAUUCUUCGAGUCUUAUUGGAAAGCGAGUGGGUAUCAUUGGCACAGGUGCAACAGCCAUCCAGACCAUCCAAGCAAUCUCUGACAAGGUUGGGCACCUUACGGUAUUUCAAAGAACUCCCAACUGGACAGCUCCUUUGAGAAAUGCAAAGAUUAGUCCUGAGGAGAUGCAAGAAAUCCGCAAGAGAUACCCAGAAAUCUUCCGCCAAUGUCGCGAGUCGUAUUCAUGCUUUAUUCAUGUGAGCGACCCCAAGAGCAUCUUCUCUAUGACAGAAGAAGAACGCGAAGAACACUGGGAAAAGCUUUAUGCUUUGCCUGGGUUCGCCAAGGUUCUCAGCAUCUCGUCCGAUGUAUUCACAGACCACAAGGCAAAUGAGCUGUAUAGCAAGUUUCACGCAGACAAGAUUCGCUCAAGAGUCAAUAAUCCCGUGAUUGCUGAAAAGCUGAUACCGAAGAAUCAUGGCUUCGGUACAAGACGAGUCCCUUUGGAGAGUGGCUAUUUCGAGGUCUUCAAUCAGUCCAAUGUCAAGUUGGUGGAUAUAAGGGAAGAUCCGAUUUCCCAAAUUUCAGGAACUGGUGUUCAGACGGGUGACGAGUUUCAUGAACUUGAUAUUCUGAUUUAUGCUACUGGUUUCGACGCUGUCACUGGUUCUUUCAAUGCCGUGGAUAUUGAAGGCCGUGGAAACACCAAGUUGAAAGAUGUUUGGGCUCAUGGAAUCAAGACGUUCCUCGGGCUUACAGUCAAAGACUUUCCAAACAUGUUUAUGAUCAUGGGACCGCACCAAAUGUUUGGUAACAUCCCCAGGUCAAUCGAGUAUGCCGCUGACUGGGUGGCUGAGUUUAUCCGUUAUGCCCGCGACAACAAAGUCACUUAUGCGGAAGCGACUGAUAGAGGUAUGGAGGAAUGGACGCAGCACGUGCAUGACUGCGGCAAAGGAUUACUGGCCAAUGAGGUUGACUCUUGGAUGACUGGGGUAAACAAGAACUUGGCCCACAAGCAGAAGCGGUCCAUGACACGAUAUAACGGGCCAGCCCCAGGAUAUCGAAGGAGAUGUGAUGAGGUUAAGGCGCGGGAGUACUCGGACUUUGUGAUGAGGCAUAAUUGA